UUUGUGUAAUUUUAAGUUGUGUGCAAAAUUUACCAAUUUUGUUGGGUUUAAUUGUAGUAGCCUAUGUGACGACCGUCAGAAAAAUUAACCAAAUCAACACUGCAAAGAUGUCGAAGCCGAAGCAGAAUGAUGACACCUUGGAGCUGGACGACAUCCUCAGCCAGCCGGUGAAGGAUAAGGAGCGCAUGGCCGCCUUUAUGAUGCGCAAGCUGGCGGAGAACAAGGCACCCCAAAACGAGAACCUCUUCGGCAACUUCAAGGUCGACUUUAACGUCGACUUUGAGGUGCCGCUGAUCAAGAAGCCCAAGCCCAAGCCCAAAACACCAGAAACACAAAAACAUCCCUUGCGAGAGUUGCCCAGUUCCGUCCCCGAACAAGCCAAUAAGCCGCCUGUGGACCAGGCAUCCAGUGAGAAUCAGCCCCAUGAAAAAUCUCCCACUUUGUCACCCGUUCAUCGGCAUUCCCUGCGGCGCAGUGGAAAUGUACCAGGCUCGGACAAACUACGUCGUCAUGCCAUACGCCGGCGGUCGCGGAGCUGUGGACGCCAACUGCUCCCGGAAUUUGACGAAGCCAGCAAUUUAACCCGCAGCUUCUCCAGUCCCGUAAACUUUAUGCCGGGAGUAAGCAGUACACCCUGCGCAGAAAAACCAAACGAGAAAGCUGAAAAGCCAGCGGAAGAAAUAGCUAAAGAUUUGUCAGGCAAACAGACGGUGGAACCAACAACGAAUCAAGCCGAGCAGCCAGUGGAGAAACACCUCCAGCCCGAGGUGAAGUCGCCUGCCAGGACCUCUAGUCUUGCCAAUGAAAUUGCACAAAUCUGCAAGGAGAGGCAGUCCUCUUUUCACAACAAUGUCUUGCAACUGGACUACAGUGGUCGGGCACCUUAUUCAAGACCGGACACACCGCCCUCACCAUCUGUGGCGCUACAACGCACCUACACCAUGGAAAAAGGACCAGCUCCGGGUCAGCUGCUGCUGUCGCCCUCACAACGCAACUGCGUUGUAAAGCUAAAGAAAACCCACCAAGAGAUUGUGGUGCCCAACACGCCACCACCGCCCAGUCACGAGCCUGCCUGGCAAUCGCAGCCACAGCCGGACUUUGUGGUGCCGGAAACUCAGCCGCAGGAUCUGGGAGAGCUGGUGCAGACUCUGUCGCGGAGUGUCAGCAGUCCAAUUGUGGUGAUAAACGCAGCCAAUUCGAAUCUGAGUGUCAGGAGGGAUUCCUUGCAGGCUGGAUCGUUGCCAGCAUCGCCAGUUGCCGCGGCGUCUUCAAUACCGGCAUCUUCUGAUAAGCGUCCCGCAGCUGUUUCUUCUCCAAAGCGUUCCGCAGCUGUUCCUUCUCCCAAACCCAAUGGCUUAACUCCGCGUAUGGUAGAAAAUGUAGACGCCAUAAUGACAGACGACGACAGCGAUGAGCAGCCCAGCACUGUGGCACUGAAUCUAGCACCGCCGGGCGGUAACACAACCCGCCAGCGUCGCCUACGUAGCUAUUAUCGAGAUCGCGGUACUGCCGAAGCACAGGAAAGUUCCAUGCGACUGCUAAACCUCCACCGUUCGGUCAAUGCCAAUGCCAAGAAGUCAAGGGCCCGAAAGACGAAUGUGCAGCUGAACAAGGCACCCAGUGCCCCCAUCAAUGGCGAGCAGUUCGCCAUCGAGCUGACUCGCAUGAGCAAUUACGAGAUAUUGGAUCUGCGCAAGCGCAACUCGUUGAACGAGGUAUAUCCCUUGAAUGGGCACCGGAAGCCCAGCUCGGAGGAGAAGGAUAACCUGGAGGAAAGGAUUCAGCGAGAGUUGGAGCGCCGGAAAAUGAUGGACGUGCAGGACGGUUUGCCGAAUAGACCAUCCUCCACGGAUUCCGAGGAUUCAGUGGAGUGGGUGCCGUUGCCCCGAAAGAAACCCGGCCGAGGUAAAAGCAAGGAUAUACCGAACCGUCGAUCACGGUCUCAGCGACGGGAGCAGCCAAUGUCAAAAGAGCUGGAGAGCUAUUUAAGACUCUCGAGUACGAUGGAGACUCGGCGUAAACUAUCAAGAGAAGGCAAACGCAGUCUCUACACAAAGGGGGACUCCAAUGCUGAGGAUUUCGAUUCUUUGUCCCCUGUUAAGCUGCCAAGACUUAGUAGAAGCAUUCAAAUUGUUCCGCCACCUCCCCUUUCUCUGCGCUAUUCACAAUCAAUGCAAUGUGAGCGACGCAGCAGAAAAUUCGAUUUUGAUGAUGUGGUGAUGUCGGCGCCUCCAGAAUUCAACGACAAGCCGAGUGAUGAUACCAUCGAGAUUGCUCCACCGCCGCCGCAGUAUGUUGUAAAUACACGAAUGAGAAGCAAAUUUGGGCGAAUGAGCAACAAAGAGGAUCUUGUUUCACCUCCACAAGAGUACGAGGAACAAAGUGAGGACGUUGAGCCACCUCGAAGGUCGCAUGCUAUGACCAAACAAUCUUUACAAUAUAAUUCGAGUGGAAGAAGGACGCGGGACAACGAAGUAGUUCCACCUCCACUCGAGUAUAUUGAACCACCGGAGUACGUCGAAAACGGGGAACACAAGUGUAAUGAUGAGCAACAAAUGAGCUUGCGGUGUUCUGGAAAAAAAUCUGUGCAGUCUAAUCCCACUGGACAAGAGACGAGAGUGGAGACACAUCUGCUUGAGUAUUCUGAAGCACUGAAGCCAGCAGAGAACGAUGGGGAUGAUAGUGACAAUGAGCAAACCAGGAGAUCGCAGUCCAAAGGCAAGAAAUCUCAGCUCUCCGAGACGACUGAGCGAAAUGCAAAGAAGGACAAAGUGGUUCCUCCUCCAUUGGAGUCUGAUGAAACCUCGCUGUCAAAUUCUAAAGGGAAAGCGGGGGAAAAGGUUACAACUCCGAACGAGCCGGCAGAAAACGAUGGGGAUGAUGGUGACAAUGAGCAACCCAGGAGAGCGCAGUUCAAAGGCAAGAAAUCUCAGCGCUCCGAGACGACUGAACGAAAUGCAAAGACGGACAAAGUGGUUCCUCCUCCAUUGGAGUCUGAUGAAACCUCGCUGUCAAAUUCUAAAGGGAAAGCGGGGGAAAAGGUUACAACUCCGAACGAGCCGGCAGAAAACGAUGGGGAUGAUGGUGACAAUGAGCAACCCAGGAGAGCGCAGUUCAAAGGCAAGAAAUCUCAGCGCUCCGAGACGACUGAACGAAAUGCAGAGAAGGACAAAGUGGUUCCACCUCCAUUGGAGUCUAAUGAAACCACGGAUCGAUUGUCUAGGAAUCGCUCAAACGGGUACAGACGUGCGGCAGCCGAUGAUAUUCGCGCGGAGGAGACUAUCGAGAAAUCGGAGCAUAUGGAGUCACUUCGUGUAAAUACUCCCACCCCUACGCCUGACCCAAAGACACGGGAUGUGUCCAGCAGCAGUCGAUCUGCCGUGGGUUACACUUCGGAGGACGAUGUGCCGAGUACAAGUCGAACAGCAUUGGAAGCUCUGCAACGUAGCCAACAAGAGUCCAAGGCGCAGCCCCAGAUCGUAUCGAACGCUGACGUGGUGUUUAAGAAACCAACGGCACCGGCACCAAGAGCGAAGAAACCAAAAAAGACUGAAGUAGACAGGUUAAAGCUUCGAAAAAUUCCUGUGGAAAUGGAUGAAAACGACCACAACACCUCCGGCAUUCGGCGUUCGAAGCGAGGCCAUGUGCCACUCCAGAAUACCUGGUGCCACACCAUGGACCCCAGGAAAUUUAGCUUCAUGCGUGACUUCCUAGAGCCUCCUAGCCAAAAUUCCAAGCCAAAGAAGGCGAAUACGAGUAGGGCAAAGAAAACCAGUGUCGCACAGUCGAUACCCACUUUGCCGCAAAACUCAUCGGUGAGCCGAGGACGAGGACGAGGACCAGUGGUGGACCGGGGACCAUUGUGCAGCAGUACGCCACGAAAUCCCGAAACUGGGCUUGACGCAAUGCCGAAUUCCGAUUCACUUGGAGUCACCCCUCUGAUUUGGGAGGAAACGACGGUGCAAGCAGUGCCUACGGAGGGGCCUAGAAAAAGAGGGCGGCCACGGAAGCGCGAGGAAGUGGUACAGUCUGAAACAGAAUCCGAACCGGAGCCUGUGGCGGAGCCAGAGCCAGAGACAACAGCAAUAACUCCUUCCACGAACGGACAGCAGGAACCUUUCGUUUACUCGAUAACUCCCGCCAGAGACGAACAGGAGGAAGCCUCCAUUCGUCUGAUGAACUGGCUGCGAGGCGUGGGCAAUGCCCAACCCACUGGAAGCAUGACAGACGAAAGCGCCAGCGUCUCUCCUGCAAAUGAUUUAGUUUUUAGCAAGGUGGAUGGCAUCGACUACGCUUUUUAUAAAACAAAAGACAAAGCAUCGCUGGGGUAUAUGCGUUUCCAGCCUCACCAAGCUCGCAACAAAAAGCGUGCCAAGGUCUAUGCUCUGAAAUUCAUUGUACAGUUUGGUGAAUUUGCCGUGCAGACCCUACCUUUGGGCGAAGAGGAGGAAACGGCAGCCCUUCUAUGUGUUGGCGACAUGAUUGAAAUAGAUAGGGGCUCCAGAUAUAGUAUUCAAAACGCUACAGACAGCGUAGGUGUCCUAAUGGUUAUACGGAGUUAAUAAGUUCGUAACUUAUAAUCCCAUUAGCAUUGUAUGCAUUAUUUUAUUUACGUUUUCAUUACAGAAAAGAUAAAUAUAAAA